AUGGAAAUAAAAAACCAUGAAAGUAGAAGACCUUCCCAAGAUUUAGCAAGCAGCAACCAUGGCAAUUUUGGGCAAGAAAGUAGGUCUUAUACAUGUACUUUCUGCAACAAGGGUUUUUCGAAUGCGCAGGCACUAGGUGGCCACAUGAAUGUUCAUAGAAGAGAUAGGGCUAGGCUACAAGAAUCAAUCGAAGAAACCCUAAUCACAGCAGAAACCACAAAGACUAUGGACUUGAUUUCAAUCGAUGCACAGUCAUCGGAUGAUGAUAAGGAUGACGGUGUACCAUGGAUUCCCACUGAAGCAGAUAGUCACCAACAUCCUGGAAAGAAAGAUCAUGAUGUUAACUUCAAGAAACCAACAUUGCAACUAUCUUUGUCUAUCGAGCCAUCGUCUACAAGUGAUUCGAGCAUCAGAUCGAAUAAAUUUUCUUCUUUAUCAUCAUCAACAACAGAAGUGGACCUCGAGCUUCGACUAGGGAUAGAUUCUGAAACCACCACCAGAAACCGUGUUAUAAGAGACUAGGGAUGGAAAAACUUCAAAACAGGUUCAGCACACGUAGAUCUACCUUCAAGCUAGUAAUGGUUAAUUAGUUCAUUUGACUUAUUGAAACAAGAUCUCCAAUCUUCAUGUAUGCUCUUAAGCAGGUUUCAAAAUGUUUCAUGAAACAAGAUCUCCAAUCUUCAUGUAUGCCAACAAAUAGUCUAAGUGUGUGGUAUUUUAAUUCCACCAUUUUUGUAGACUUGAAUUCCAGACAUAAUCCUUUCGAAUUGUUUGCUAAUCACUUUCAGAUUAAA